AUUCAUUCAUUCAUUUAGCUGUCAAAAUUCCACACGUUUUCUUGGCGUUGUUUGUAAUCCGGCAUUACAUUUUAAUUAAAUUUAUGAAUUAAUUUGUGCUGUUCUGACCUAAAAUGUAAGCUGUAGUGUACCGAUUUAUCAUACCUCUCAGUUUUCAUACGAACAAGCGCGGACCAGCAUGUAGCGGCGCGGCGCUAGGAUGACCACAAUAGCAGGAACAAUGUCCACCAUCUCCACAAGAUCGCUACAACCCCCCAACUAAAUGGAAUACCCCUAGAGUGCCCCACAACCCGCAGCCAUGGCCCCGCCGUCCCCAGCAAACCCCAAAAACGAUACCCCAAAAAACUUAAAACUCACGACAAUCGACAUAAUUGGAGGCAUUUUCUGCAACAUCUGUAAGAUAACAUGUCGCAACAAGAAGGACUAUGAUGACCACUACGUGACCCACACCACGGCCAGUAAGGACAUAGUGUACACAUGCGUGGUCUGCUACAAAGAGAUCCCCGGCUACUCCAGCUUCCGCGGGCACUGCUACACUGCACAUGUCAUCAAGGACAGAUUCAAGUGCAACAUUUGCAGCAAAACCUUCUCAAAACAGUCAGUUCUCAAUGAACAUGAACAGAGCAAGCACCGGUUCAAGUGCCGCCCGCCGUGCAACAAAGAAUUCUCAUCCAAGAAAGAACUGCAACUCCACCAAAUUAUACACAAAGACAGUGGCCCCCCGUAUGCCUGCUACAAGUGUGAAGACACUAUCAACUCCAUAGACAUCUGUGAGAAGCAUGUGGACCAGCACGCGGUCCUCACAUACUCCUGCCCGAUCUGCAACGACACAUUCUCAGAUAAGGCGGCAGCAGGCCAACAUUUGACCAAACACUUUGCUGGUGAAACUCUCCAGGAGUCGUCAAUCGAACACAAACACCGGGACUCGGCUAGCAUUGCGCUCGGGGGCAUUCUCUGCAACCUGUGCGGGGAAAAUUACAAUAACAAGUCUGAUUUUGAUUUACAUUACGAUGAAGAGCAUGGUGAGGAGGUGAUCUACUCGUGCAACGUCUGCGGCACCCAAUACUCCAAGUACAUGGCAUAUUCCAACCACUGCUACAAUCACAUCAUGAAGGAUCAAUUCAAAUGCGACACAUGCAGCCGCUCGUUCAGCCGCCUGUCCCAGCUGAUCGCGCACGCGGCGGGCUGCGGGGGCGGGGGCGGGGGGGGCGCAGGCAAGGUGUUCGCCUGCGCCCACUGCACCAGCUCCUAUCAGCUGGAGAGCAGCCUGCGCAGCCAUCUGAGGGACGUGCAUGAUGUGAGGACAGUGAUGUGCAGCGAGCCGGGAUGCGGGGUCGAGUUCUCAACAAUGAAGGGCCUAGUCGUGCACCAGCUUUCCCACAAGAACAUUGAAAACUACUGUCGCUCGUGCGGGCUGGAGUUCCGCCACCUCGCGGCCUGCGAGAAACAUCUCGACGUGCACAAGAAGAAGGAGUUCCCGUGCCCCGUCUGCCGUAAAACCUUCGCCGAGAAGUACCAGGCGACCAGACACAUCACGCAACACUUCCAGAGCGUCUUACAUGUCUGCAAGAUCUGCGGAAAGAUAUAUAGCCGCAAACACCGACUCGUAGAACACAUAAAGAUCCACUCAGAGAAUAAGCAGUUUAAGUGCGAUGUGUGCGGCAAAGGAUUCGCGCAGCUCCUGAACUUACAGCAGCAUGUAAACAUGCAUACGGGGGAAAAGCCGUUCGAGUGUGUCGUGUGCAGCAAAAGAUUCGCGAGCCAUCCGAACUGGCACAAGCAUCUGCGCAACAUACACAACAUUGACCCGAAGACUGUGUCCAAGCCUCAGGCACAGAAGACCUCUAAACCGCGCAACGUAAAGUCUAAACUCGCGAAAGUUGUUGAUGAAAUAGAAGAAGAAAUGCCUCCUGAGGAAUAUUCCGAGAAGUCUAGCGACUCGUCGGUCGCAGAAUCGAUCGCCAACGAUAUAACGGGUCUAGAUGUGUUAGAAGAGGCCUAUAUGCACGUGCAUUCGGGCGGCAAGUGGCGAGCCCUGGAGCCCGCGGGGUUCAACACAGACCUGGCCGGCGGCGACGCGGCCUUCAUUGAGGAGCAGGGGGAUGCCGCGCUUACGCUUACAACUUUGACGCCGCCCGAACCAACUCCAACUCUCGCAUCCGAGGCCCCUAGCGACGGCUACCCGCGCGAGUACGGACCAGACUUCAUCAACCACCGCGGCGCCGCUCUCAGCGCUUCCGACUACGCGGGGCAGAUCAUCGACCUCGACGACCACCUGUUGCCACACAUCGACCCCCUGCUCACCAUCAAGGAGCAAACGCAAAACAAACUACUCGAAAACAUGACCAAUGUUGACGACUACGAACAAACCGAUGAAAAUCAAUACAACGCCAAGUGGGAACCCCCCAUUAUCACGAAAAUAUAUCAGAGUUGCAACUACGAUGAUAUACCCAAUAUCAGCUCGAAUAUACUGUCGGUGUUGACCACCGACAUCUACUAGGUGGCCGCGAAUUUAUUCAGUUUCAUUGGGUUCCGAAUGCAAUGAUUGCAUCAAUGAAUUCCAGCCAUCUUUGUAUAUCAAGAUAUAAUAUUUGUGUCGGAGUUAGUGUUGAAAGUAUUUUUCUAUCUUAUACACAGGCAAAUGGUAACUAUGACUUUGAAUUUCAUAUAUACAACAAUAAUUUUACAAUAUAUAUUAUAUAGAUAUCCGUAGAGUCUUGUUGUGCAAAUAUUAUAUUGCUAUACUGUUCACAUAUGUAUAAGAGUAUUUUUGAUACAUAUAACAGAUACUGCCAAGUCAUAGUGGCGUAUUACCACUAGCCUAGUUACUACCUCAGCCGGAAUCGACAAGAUUGCUACCUCAAUACCCAUAGGAAUAUAUUAAUGUUACACGUUAUAUUUAUAUAUCUGCAUAUAUCCCACCAAACGUUUAUAAUCAUAUAUUUCAUAAUAACGCUACCUCAUUUAGAUAUUUAAGUUAUAAUAGAUGUUAAAAUAGUGAACAUAAUAAAUACAUGAAUGUUAGAUGGCAAGCGGUCAUGUCUUGCAACGGAGCAGCAUUGUAACUAAAACUAAAACUAGUAAAUCGCAGAAAAUACAAAAAAUAUGACUCAUUUGUUACA